AUGACGGUUUCUUACAAUUUGGCCGUUUCUUCGGUGGGCUCGCUGACGUGGGCGAGAAUACUUUUUCGGUGGCGUGGAUCGAUUUGGAAAUCGGUCUCAUCCGAGCUCUUCACCUGGUUAAUUCUGUACUACAUUGUGAUGUUCAUUUAUCGAAGUGACUUCUUUUUAACGACUGAACAGAGAAAAGAUUUCGAGAGUUUGGCGUACUAUUUGAAUAAAAACACGGAUCGUUUACCGCUCACUUUCAUGCUCGGCUUCUUUGUCACAUUGGUGGUUGAUCGGUGGAGACAAGUUUUCAAUAAUAUGGGAUGGAUUGAGAACCAAGCGCUAACAAUUGCCACUUUAAUCCGCGGCAAUGAUCAUGAAACGAUCACCACAAGAAGAGCCAUCGUCAGAUAUAUCUGUUUGACACAGGUGUUAGUAUUCCGAGAUAUUUCGAUGCGAGUUCGCCGCCGUUUCCCCACGAUGAACUCGAUCGUUGAUGCGGGUUUUCUACAAGAGCACGAGGUGAAGAUGUUGGAUCAAAUCGAGGUCCCCUACAACAAAUAUUGGGCUCCAAUCAAUUGGGCCAUGGGAUUAGUCUAUAAAGCGAGAGAACAAAACAAGAUCACCUCAGAGCCGAGUCUGCAAAAUGUUUUGAAUGAAAUCAAAGCUUUCCGGUCGAGUCUGCAAUUGUUGAGCAAUUUCGAUUGGGUACCGAUACCAUUGGCCUAUCCACAAGUUGUCUUCUUCGCGGUGCGUGUCUACUUCUAUUUGUGUCUUGUCGGGCGCCAAUUUCGCAUAGUCGACGACUCGGAUAUCCGGUCACCUAUUGAUAUGUAUUUCCCGGUGACCACCGCUCUGCAAUUCAUUUGUUUAAUUGGGUGGAUGAAGGUAGCCGAAUCGUUACUGAAUCCGAUGGGAGAAGAUGAUGACGAUUUCGAGUGCAAUUACUUAAUCGACAAGAAUAUAGCUACCGGUAUGGCAAUCGUGGAUGAGGAGUACGACCAGCUGCCUGAGAUCAAAAUGGAUACGUUUAAGACCAAUUGGCCUCCGAAACCGCCGAUCAAUGAGGGCGAGCUGGUUGGCUCGGUUUCACAAGUGAUCCUUCCUGAGGCUACUGACCCGCCGAAAGGCCAGGAUCAACGGAAAGCCUCACAGUGCACGAAUUCGAGUGAAUUUGGUCAAAGCCGUCUACAACGCCUCAAGAGUCGAAUGCGGCUUCGCUCGUUUAAGAGAGCCAAUUCAAUUCAUGUGGAUAAUUUGGAUAAGCUGUCGCCGGCAAAAUUGCAAAAACUCGACCCAAACGCCAUUUUUCAUGUUCGAUCGCAAAAUGAGAUCAAAGAUUUAAGGAAAAACACAACCCCAGAUACGGUAGUUGAAGAAGACGAGGAGCAGUUGACGAUUACGAGUCUCAAGGGGCUAAAGGGUCAAACUCGAAGCAUGGAUAUGAUAGUCGGCGGUGGAGGAGGAGCAUUGGGUGAUCCAUUCGAUCCACCGCCAUUGGACCGACUUUUCCCGAGGGUUUCCCAGUCAAUCCACUCCACUUCUCCAUCAUCUGGUAAUAGA